GUGUCGAUGAGGAACAUGCGGCAGAAGGUAAACAACACCAACCGGCGUUCCUAAGCUGCAGAACGCAUCACGACAGGUUGCCAGUAACGACGACACACGUUUUUAGAACAAACAAUCUGCCGCGGAAACAGCGCAGAAACCGACGAAAAAAGCGAAUUAUUAUUUUGUAACCGUUCACGCCACCCCUCCGCCCAACACUCGGCCCGACGUCAACGCGACCGACACGCGCGUCUCUGCGCCAAACCUCGGUGGAGAGUAGCGUGGCCGACGCAGGGUCGACUUUCGCUGUGUUUGGCCGUCCCGACAGCGUGUGCGCGGCUUUUAGAGCAAGAAACGCCCAUCAAACACCCCAUGACGACUCUUGUACAAGUUCGAAAACCGCUACAAGCUGUCAGCAUGAGCAGCAACCAGCCGGAGCGGAAGCCGGGCAAACGGCCUCCUGCCCCGGUGGACGACUCGAGCGACGACGACUUCAAGUUUGAAAGAAAAACAAAGAAACCGAAAACCGACGACUCACUAGUACGCAAGUCCAUGAGCGGCAAGGCCGCAGCAAAAGCUAUUGGUGUCGAAACAGACGACUCCUUCACAGAGCAACCGCAGCCCUCGAGGCGCCAAACCACCGCACAACCAUUCCUCGACUCCUCACCAGACAUCCAGGUCGCUAAGCGCGAUCAAAGGAAAUCCAGCCAGAGACCAGAGAACCGCCAUGCAGGAAACAAGUCGAGGUCACGGCCACCGCUGGACGAUGAUUCUUUUACGGAGACGUCGCAGUCAACCAUGGUCCCGUUACCGCUGCGCGAUACACCUGUAAUAAACCGAAAUAAGGAGAUGCGAAAACAAGGCGGCUCGAGCCGCAGGAGUAGUCUGACAUCCCGUGGUCGUCGCGCAAGCUUGUUGAUGGAUCAGGGUCAGGCGUCUAUCCCGCACCGAGAAGUUGACGCGAGCGUAUUCUAUAAGCAUAUCCAGGCUUAUGGUUGGACGGAGCAGCAGCGAAUGAAGCAACUGUUGACGUGGUGUGGCUCGCGUGCUUUACCAGAAAAGCCACCGCAUGAUGCGCCAAAUCGCCAGAGCCUCCUGGCAGCGCGUCCUAUACAGGAUCAAAUACUCAAAGGAUUUGGCGAAACGGCCGACUUUUCAGAUUGGCUCAGUCGAGACGACAGCCGGCCUAGAAAACCGCUGCUGCUGAAGCCGAACCCGAAGAAUGUGGAACUAGAUCAGAAGAUGGACGAUCUAGAAGCGAGAAUAAAACGAUUACAAGAAGAAAAGCAAGCAUGGCUAUCAAUACGAAAACCUCCCGUGGACCAACCGUCAGUCUUUGCGUCUGACAACGAUGCCAUCAUCCUCCCCGACUUUGACCUUUUGGACCCCGAAGAGCGCAAGAUCCGCACAUAUCUUGCCUCCGAAAUGGAACCAUUCGCCUCUGUCCGCAAAUCAACAGACGCAAGAAUACGGAAGAUCCAAGAGUCGCUAGAAUUCGAGGUGGACCAGCUUGCCGACAAUGUGCAUAAGCUGGAGCAGCGUGUCCUCGUGGCAAGCCAAGAAGCAGACAAGGUCCUGGCAUCGAGUGCUGUGCAGCUCAAGGCGCGCGAAGAAAAGGAGAAGACGCGCGCCGGCACGAGGGCGAUGCCCAUGAUGGAGGUGCUGCGAAGCUUGGGCAAGAUUCUGCCUGAUGGGGGAGCGUGACGCUCAGAAUCAUGAGACGUAUAAAAAGAGGAGGACGACACUAUAUCUGUUAAACGCAACCUUUCUAUUUUCUCUAGUCUUACGGCGCUUAUUUUCCUUUUGUUUCGGAGCAACACGGUGGCAUGGGGCGUACUACAACACACUUGGGACAAUUGGACGGAAGGGAGUUUGAUACCACUUACACGGCAUGGCUUUUGAUGAUUUUGUCUUUUCACUGUCCUCAUCGAUUGAUGAGUGAGCGCGCAUUUUACAGUCUUGGAAGGGUUUUUGUAUUUCUUGGGGGACUGCAAGAGAAGGGCUGGGAUUCUUGUUUGGCGGGCAUAUUCUGUGCGCUUCUUUUGUCAUAUAUAUGCCUGAUUUGUUCUUCUUUUUCUACCUCUUAUCUUUUCUACUGUCAUGACGAAAUGAUGAACUGGUUGGCCAUCUUGCCGCUUUUCUACUAUGACUGUCCUUCUACAUCACCAGCUAUACGUAUAAAUUAUGUGAAAAUAUGAACGUAGAUCCAAUUUGGUUUUAGCGUUUCCUAUAUCUCGCGGACGCAAUACUAUCCUACAACACCUCCAGAUUUUAUGAAUACAAAGAAAUGAACAGAAUGGAGAGGGAAAGAAGAAAGUUUGGUUAGUUGAUUAACCCUUCAGAGGAGGCAUAAAGGCAAAGCCCUUGCCCUCCUCGCCAUCGACACUCCUUGUACGGACAUGCUCUCUGAGAAGCUGCAGCACCUCGGCGCCUCUCCAGCGCUCAGGGACAGGUCUGUACGCAGGUUUGAAGUUGCCAAUGGUCUGCGCCCACUCGCCCUUGGGCGGAUGGCGCAUCGUCACAAUGCCCUGCUCGUUCUCCUGGCCCGGCGUCACAGGCACGUCCUUGGGGUCCACAGCGCCUGCAGAGGCCGUAGAUGUAGCUACGGAAGGGUUGGUCGUGGACGUGGGCUCGUGCUGCGUCGCCCAGUAGUAGAUGUCCCAGUCGUUCUCGUCGAGGAACAAGUCGUACUGCGUCAGCUGCUCGGGUGUCAUUGUGGCGAGGUACUUGUCGGCAAAGGUUGACAGGAGGAGGUCGCUCUCAAGAGUGCCGCGCUUGCGGGACUGAUCUGUGUGAUCAAGAGGUUAGUUUGGACGUAAAAGAGUGGGUAGAUGUAGCGUACAAACGAGGCGCGCGCGCUUGGUGUUGGCGUCCUCGCCGACGCGGCGCAGAGGUUCGAUGCGGAACUUGGCGCCCUGGAGUUCGCCUACCUCGAGCUCUUGCGGCUCGGCAUCGGGGACCAUGCGAGGACGGUUCUCGUUGAAGAGGCGGGCUGAUGUGCUGAGGGAGCGGCGAGCCAUGGGGAGGGCUAUGCGCCGGAUGGCCGCGGGGCGGAGAGCGGCGAGGGGAUUCAUGGCGCUUGGGCGGGCUGAGAAGAAGACGAGGAAGAAUUGAUCUUGUGUUCGUGAUGCGUCGUAGCAGCCCGGGAUGCGUGGUGGUUGAAUUGAUGGGCGGACUGUGGAAAAGAACGGGCAAGUUUCACUAUAGCCGAGAAACUGGCUGCUUCUGCCCGGCCCACCCGACAGCAAAGUCGCCCCUGGGCACAUGUGCUAAACGACACCAACAGUAUUU